AUGAACGCCCAGGACCCCUACUACGCGACCCCGCAGCUCUACAAGGAGCCCUGCGCCUUCCAACGCUGCCCGGCUCAGGAUUUCCACCCCAGCCCCCCGGCCUGCCUCUACAUGGGGAGGCAUCCUCCCCCCCAGCCGCAGCCUCAGCCCCAGCCCCCUUACCCCGGGGCCCUGGCCGCCCUGGAGCAGGGCAGCCCCCCGGACAUCUCCCCCUAUGAGGUGCCCCCCAUUGCCGAGGAUCCGGGGGUCCCCCACCUGCACCCGCCCCACCCCCGGCUCCCCCACUCCCACGCGCAGAUCAUCCCCUUCCCGGACGGGGCUGAGCCCGGGGGUCUGGAGGAAGCCAGCAGAGCGCAGCUGCCUUUCCCCUGGAUGAAGUCGACCAAGUCUCACGCGUGGAAAGGGCCUUGGACGGGAGGAGCCUACGCGGUGGAGUCGGAGGAGAACAAGCGCACCCGCACGGCCUACACGCGGGCUCAGCUGCUGGAGCUGGAGAAGGAAUUCCUCUUCAACAAGUACAUCUCCAGGCCUCGCCGGGUGGAGCUGGCUGUCCUCCUCAACCUCACCGAGAGGCACAUCAAGAUCUGGUUCCAGAACCGUCGCAUGAAGUGGAAGAAGGAGGAAGACAAGAAGAAAGGGGGUGCGGGGCCCGGCGGGGCCCCCCGCCAGCAGGACUGUACGGUGACCUCUGGGGAUGCGGCCGGAGAGGAGCCCCCGCUGCCCCCUGACCCCACGCGGGACCCAGGGGUCCCCGCCCCCGGCAUGACCCCCCGGCCGCAGGAGGCCCGAUGA